UAGUACAUUUGAAUUUCCGAGCUGGGUCAACCUUUCCUGUCCUAGUUUGUAUUGUAUCGCCCGGACAUUAGUGUGGAAGACGAGACCUGGCGGCCUCCUAACACAAAGGCCGUAAACAAAGAAAAGAGUUCUGAAUCCUGCGCUGCAUCUCUCGAUUUAAAAUGCCCGAAUCCGGCCCUUUCCUUCUCGCACCUCUGAUUUGGCCUCUAGGUCACGUGACCACUGCACUAAAGAAGGAUCCAAAUGAAACCCCAAGAAAGAAUCAUGUUGACCGGCAUCAAAGUUUGUCUGGACAUAUGAUGGGGGCACUCAGCUCACUUAGGUCUUGGAUGAUGGCUUAUGCCUGUAUGUACUAUCUACCUGAGAAAUGUGGACUUGAAGCUUAUCCUGGUUUUGGUCCUGGCAGGGUAUACAGUCUAGACUGGGUUUCCCAUAUAUUAAUCAGGAAUAUAGUUGGAACCUGGAUAAUCUGUGGGUUUUGGGAUUGGUUUCUCUAUUUCUCCCCCCUCAAGGAUAAACUGCAUAAAUAUAAGAUGAACCCUGUCUAUCCCUCCUGGAAUCAGAUUAAGCAUGAUGCAUUCUGGACUACAGCUGCAAGUUUUUUCGGGAGUCUUUUCGAGAUUGUUCUCUGUCACCAUUGGGCUCUAGGAAGCAUACCAAUGCAGAAAAGUUUCUCUGAGACUCCUAUUUUAACCACUGUUCUAGCUCUAGGUGUUACUCACAUUAGGACACCACACUUCUACUUUGUACAUAGAAUGAUGCAUCCUUGGAAGACGACAUCCAUUCCAGACUUUGGAAAAAUCCUAUAUAAAAAGGUCCAUUCUCUUCAUCACAAGUCUUACAAUCCGACUGCAUGGAGUGGUACAAAUAUGCAUCCUGUAGAAGCUACAUUGUACUAUUCUGCAGUACUUAUACCUGUUGCAUUUGGUUUGCAUCCUAUCCAUGCUGUAGCUAAUAUUAUUGAUUUGGGAGUUGCAGCAUGGCUGGGACAUGAUGGGUUCCAGUGGCCUGGAAGUGGAGAUUAUUUCCAUCUACUCCAUCAUGCCCAUUUUGAUUGUAACUAUGGAGCUAUGCAUGUUCCUCUUGAUCUGCUUUUUGGAACAUUUGCAGGAUCUAAAGAAGAGGUGAAACAGAUUUGGUCAAAUAAACCAUCUGGAGAAGAAAACAAUACAACACCUGUUCAUGCUGCCAGCAAACAGGCAGAUAAGGUCAUGUGACCUACUAAACAUAUAUACGGUCAUGUAACCUAGACAAAUAUACGAAAAUGGUUACCUACUACACAAAUUUAAGGUCUUGUGACCUUCUAGACAAAUAUACGAUAAUGUGACCCACUACACAAAUUUAAGUUCUUGUGACCUUCUAGACAAAUAUACGAUAAUGUGACCCACUACACAAAUUUAAGGUCUUGUGACCUUCUAGACAAAUAUACGAUAAUGUGAUCCACUACACAAAUUUAAGGUCUCGUGACCUUCUAGACAAAUAUAACAUAAUGUGAUCCACUGCACAAAUUUAAGGUCUUGUGACCUUCUAGACAAAUAUAAGGUCAUGCGAUCCACAAAUGUAUAGUCUAGAGACCUGCUAGACAAAUAUACGUAAUGUGACCUACUACACAAAUGUUUGGUCUAGUGACCUGCUAGACAAAUGUAAGGUAUUGUGAUCUACUAGACAAAUUUGGGUCGUAUGAUCUACUAGACAAAUAUAAGGUCAUGUGACCUACUAGACAAAUAUAAGGUCAUGUGACCCACCUGUGACUAGGUUCAAAUAAGCUCUUGUGAUAAUGAUAUUGUGAUUAUGAUAUAAUUUGAUUAUGAUACGAUAAAUGAAAUGUGAAUGGUAAAAUCACAAUAUUGAAUAGUUCUUUGUACAAUAUACAUUGCCUUGUCUUGUGUAUUUAACCACAGGCAUGUUUGUUCUGUAUCAAAUAAUGAUAAUAAAUAAUAUAAUAUAAUACA